AGAUGUUCAUUCAGGUUGCGAAGGAGGUUGGAGAGACCUGCAAUCUGCCCCCAGUCCAACGUCUGGACCUGUUGGUACGAGACUGGUAGCUCUCCGGAGCCUAUGGUGUGGAUGGGGGACAGGAGUAUCUCAGAGACAUCACACAGGACCUGGAGGCCUCUGCUGAACAGCCUCUGACAUUGGGAGCCCUGAGGGCGAGCGGCACCUGGUGUUACCUACUGCCCCAACCCGGCAUUGGGUUCACCAAGAGCAGGGCAGGGACGCCAGGUGACAUGGAUGAGGAUUUCCGGCAGUACCUGUGUGACUACAUCAGCACCAUGAUGCGCUCAGCAGGGACACACAUCCAGACGGACCGAGCUGGGCAGGGGCUGACCGGGGCUCAGCUGGCUGCCAGGAUGAAGGACGUCUCCCAAUACUUGAAGACCAAACGCUACGACUUCUCCUCCCCUGUGAAGAUGACUGAGACUUUUGCAGCGAUGAGACAGGAGUUUAACAGCAGAGCAGUAGAAGCCAGCAGGAGGGAAUAUGAACAAUUUGUGCAGAAGCAGCAGGACUGUGACCACGAGAACAUGAGCAGCUGCCUGAGGGUGAAUCCCCUGGAGAUGCAGCAACGGCUGGAGGGGAAAUACCAGGAGCUGCUGGAGCAUUGCCGGGGGGAGCUGCGGGGCGAGGACCCCCAGAAACAGAUGGCCCUGGAGGGGCUGGAGCAGGGGCUGGCCAGCAAGAUGACUCAGUUCCUGUCGGACUACAGGCAGCGCUAUGAAAUGGCCGAGACGGAGGAGAAAAACAGCCGAGCAGUAAAAGACGCCAGGGAGGAAUAUGAAGAAUUUGUGCAGGAGCAGGACCGUGACCACCAGACGUUGAUUCCCUGCCUGUGGGUGAGGUCUGCAGAGAUGCAAGGACGCCUGGAGGGGAAACGCCAGGAGCUGCUGGAGCACUGUCGGAGGGAGCUACAGGGCAAGGACCGCCAGAAACAGGCAGCCCUGGAGGAGCUGGGGCAGACUCUGAACGAGCGGAUGGAACAGUUCCUGCGUGACUACAAUCAGCUCUUAAACAAGAAGCUCAUGGAUGCUGUGGGGGAAGGUGCCAUGAUAGUGAGCAGACUUAUUCUACCACUCUUCAUGGGUCGCUCACUGCGACUGCUGUGGGGGAGCACAAAACUGUUAGGCGAUAGAUAGAUAGAUAGAUAGAUAGAUAGAUAGAUAUAAACAACUUACCACAGGUAGCUAGAUUUCAAAGGGACACAAACUGAUUGAUUUGCAGCCAGGUCACCAAGAUCAGAAUCGAGCUCUGACCCCAUCGAUGUCACUCAAUAAAUAACUUCGCCCUGGAUCCUGUGCUCUGAGCCGACUCCUGCAUCCUUCAGUAGCAAUUUUCAUUGGUUUUCAUUUUCUAAAACAGAGAGGGAAAUAGAUUUUCCUAUUUUGGGGUUUCUCACAUGAGCUUUCUCAGGAAGUGCCAAGGCAAAUCUCCCAAAACAUGAGGAAUCCAGUCCUUCAGGCUCUCCAGCCUGAUUUCCAGGAGAUCCCUCAGCCUAAGCUUCCCAUUUCUGAACUUUCUGAGCCUUAGCUUGGACAGGACAAUCUUCACGGUUCCUGUUCUCCCUGCAGACAGAAAUGGAGGUGUUACCCCCUGGGAUGGCGUCACAGCUCGGGGCCAGCAGCACCUUGGCUUCCUCUUGGCUGCUCUGUUCCCAGGAUUUAGGCCUCCAGCUUUCAUCUCCCUGCAUGGGCAGCAUGUCUACUAGGCAGGGGAAGGCUGUGCCUCCCCAAACAGCCCUGCGUGGCCCCAUCCACGCUCUGUCCUGUUGUGUGUCUGAGUUAAUGACUUGAGAUUGUUGAAUUGACAGGCUCAGUUGAAAUUAUUUAAUCUAAGAUUAUUAA